GGCGGAAGUGCUCCCUGAGUGAGGAGAUUAGCAGCCAUGGCGGAGUUCGGUUCGGGCGGCCUGCUCGCCGCUCUGCUGCUCUUCACGGCUCUUACCCUUAAAGACGUUUAUGUGGGCCGGUCGGACCACCGAGGCGACGUCUCUCUGGAUACCGACCCGGACUCAGAACCCGGGAAACCCCCCAAAGCAGCGCUGUACUCCGGGCCGGUGCUCCGGUUCCGCUACUGUAUCUCCUGAGGUUACAGUAAGGUCUUCCAGGAAUACUCCCAGGCCAUCAGCCAGGUGUAUCCAGACAUCCGCAUCCAGGGAGAAAACUACCCCCCCACCUCCGUCAACAGGUUCCUCGGUAACCUCAUCUCCUACCUGAAGCUCAUCUCCAUCCUCCUCGUCAUCAGUGGUCAGAACCCCUUUCAGCUCCUCGGUACUGAAACGCCUGCAGUUUGGACCUGGACCCAGAACAACAAGAUCUUCUCGUGUCUGAUGGCCUUCUUCAUCUGUAACAUGAUGGAGACGCACUUCCUGUCUACGGGAGCCUUCGAGGUCACUCUGAACGAUGUUCCUCUGUGGUCCAAGCUGCAGUCUGGUUAUGUGCCAAACAUCCAGGAGAUGUUCCAGAUCCUCGAAACACACAUGAAGAUGAACCAGGCCGAUCACAUGACCUUCACCUCCACUUAGAGCUUAACGGGUAACGACGGGUCGCUACCAGCAGGGGGCAGCAGAGACGGGACUGCAUCUUGUCUGCUCAGCCGUGCUGCGUUCAGGUGUCCUUGCUGAGUGGGACGUUCAGCUGUUGGCGUUCAUGAAGGCGUGGCCUUAAAGCAGGUCUGCCGGGCUGCGCCGGAUGUCUCCGCCUCCAUGCAACAUUCCCACAAUGCACUGGGUCAUCAGAUGAGCUGGACGACGGUCACGUGUUCCCUCGCUCGCAGCUCAUUGGUUGUCUGUGAUGUCAUGUUUACUUUGCGUUUAUGAACCCAGACUGCGUUCUGGUUCUGGUACCAUUGGAUCGGCUCUUCUAACGAUCGACUUUGUGUUUUUUAUUUAAUGUUUGAGUUUUUAUCGUACAAAGAAAGCGAAUCGCCUCAUGGUUGACGAUCAGCUGAUCGAUUAGUGACCGCAGCUCUAAUAAAAUGUGACUUAAAGAAAA